UGGUCCCUUCACCCGGGCUCCGCUCUUGCCUUCUCCACACUUGUUUGAUUUAUGAGGAAUCCAAGAUGAAUUUGGAGCAGGAGAGGCCGUUUGUCUGCAGUGCCCCAGGCUGCUCCCAGCGCUUCCCAACAGAGGACCAUCUGAUGAUUCAUAGGCACAAGCAUGAAAUGACUUUGAAGUUUCCCUCAAUAAAAACAGACAAUAUGUUAUCAGAUCAGACUCCAACCCCAACGAGAUUCCUGAAGAACUGCGAGGAGGUGGGGCUCUUCAAUGAGCUGGACUGUUCCCUCGAGCAUGAGUUCAGGAAGGCUCAGGAGGAAGAGAGCAGCAAGCGGAAUAUCUCGAUGCAUAACACCGUUGGUGGGGCCAUGGUGGGGCCUGGAGCUCACCAGCUUGGCAGCACCCGGAUGCCCAACCAUGACACCAGCGUUGUGAUUCAGCAAGCCAUGCCGUCACCCCAGUCCAGCUCUGUCAUCACACAGGCACCUUCCACCAACCGCCAGAUCGGGCCUGUCCCAGGCUCUCUAUCUUCUCUGCUCCACCUUCACAACAGACAGAGACAGCCCAUGCCAGCCUCCAUGCCAGGGACCCUGCCCAACCCUACAAUGCCAGGCUCUUCUGCCGUCUUGAUGCCAAUGGAGAGACAAAUGUCAGUGAACUCCAACCUCCUGGGAAUGCAAGGUCCAAAUCUCAGCAACCCCUGUGCUUCUCCCCAAGUCCAGCCAAUGCAUUCAGAAGCCAAAAUGAGGUUGAAGGCUGCGUUGACUCACCACCCUGCUGCCAUGUCAAAUGGGAAUAUGAACACCAUGGGACACAUGAUGGAAAUGAUGGGGUCCCGUCAGGACCAGACGCCACACCAUCACAUGCACUCACACCCACAUCAGCAUCAGACACUGCCAGCCCAUCACCCCUACCCACACCAGCACCAGCACCCAGCACACCAUCCUCAUCCUCAGCCCCAUCACCAGCAGAACCACCCACAUCAUCACUCCCACUCCCACCUUCAUGCACACCCAGCACAUCACCAGACCUCGCCACACCCACCCCUGCACUCCGGCAACCAAGCACAGCAGGUUUCACCAGCGACACAACAGAUGCAGGCCACCCAGACAAUACAGCCGCCUCAGCCCACAGGGGGGCGCCGGCGAAGGGUGGUGGAUGAGGAUCCUGACGAGAGGCGGCGGAAAUUUCUGGAACGGAACCGGGCAGCCGCCACCCGCUGCAGACAGAAGAGGAAGGUCUGGGUGAUGUCACUGGAAAAGAAAGCAGAAGAACUCACCCAGACAAACAUGCAACUUCAGAAUGAAGUGUCCAUGUUGAAAAACGAGGUAGCACAGCUGAAACAGCUGUUGUUAACGCAUAAAGACUGCCCCCUAACAGCCAUGCAGAAAGAAUCACAAGGAUAUCUAAGUCCAGAGAGUAGCCCUCCUGCAAGCCCCGUCCCCACGUGCUCUCAGCAGCAGGUCAUCCAGCAUAACACCAUCACCACUUCCUCGGCCGUCAGCGAGGUGGUAGGAAGCUCCACCCUCAGUCAGCUCACCACUCACAGAACAGACCUGAAUCCGAUUCUCUAAAAUCCGAGGGUCAGACCUUGCCUCCAAGGAGAGCUGUCGCAUAUCCUGCGUCCUUUCUUUCAAGGGCAUUUUUAGAAUUAACUCAGACCUGGAAGACUCCUCAGCCCUUCAAAGACUGGCUUUCAUUUUUAUAGUUAUUAUGGAAAUGUUGUCUUUUAUACUUAGUUAUAUAAGCAAAAAAAGGGAGUUAUGCAAUUAAUAAUCUAUCAGCUUGGGAAAUGCUUUGGUGCUUUUCUCCAAUUUUCUGGUACCAGUUACUUGUUUAUAAACUGAACUCUUUCUGUAUAUAGUCAUGGUUUCAUUCUUAUCAGUCCAACCCUUUGCCUGAAACAUUGAAUCUUGUUAAGCCACAGCUUUUAGCCAAAAUGAGGCGUAUCUAGAUGUCCAGUAUACAGACUGCAAGGCAACUGUGGGAGAAGUCUGAUGAUGUCAUAGCUUAUGUUGAGUUGGUGCUAUGAUGUCACCAGAAUCCCAGAUAAAUGGAGAGCCUUUUCCACAACCCUGUUUCUCUUACUAUAAAAAAAGUAUAAGCUCCAUUGAUGUCCAAAUAAAAUCAGCAAGCAUCUCACCACCUCUCCUCCUACUCUUGGUCCACUUCCUUGAAUGCCCAAUUUUCCUUUCCAUUUCCACUUUUACCUGGGCUCCCUAUUGACUCUUUAUUUUUACUUUCUUCUGUUUUAUUUUUUCCCCUUUAGCGUUGCAUGUAAAGAAGAAAAUAAUGUUUAAAGGAAAAAAAAAAUGCCAAUGUGGACCUAGCCAUGGCUUCCCUUUGCCCCUGACCCAUUCAACUCUUGAUUUUUACAAAAGAGUAACCGGGAGAUGUUUAAUGCGCCUGGUUAAAUGUUUUUAAUAAUCAGAGCAAAUAAAAGGUGGCUUAGCCGUAGGCGAAGCACUGUUGAAUGCCAGCUGUGGAGACACUAGGGAAGGGAGCUUUAUAAGCCUCAAUUGUGAAAGUCCAAAUUAUGAUGCAGGGCUAGAGUAUCAUACCCUCGAAUUACAACUGGUUUUAUAUGGCCUGUCUAUAAUGUUGAAAAUCCAUGUACUAUAUAAUAAUUCAGAAGGGCUCUAUUCACUACACAGAUUACGUUGUUCAAUCAUUAGCUGCUAAUAGCCUAAGAUAUAUUAUUAUUUUUUUCUUAAGCCUAUGGAACCGUCUUUGCUGUUCUGGUGAGUGAAAGUAGACGAACUACUGGAGGAACAGAGAGAGAAAGAAAACCUGAUGUUUUCAUGGAGGUGCUUUCAGCCCUCCCAUAGCAGUUAAAGCACUCUGGCUGCUCAAAGUAUCCCCUGGAUAUGGCUGCUCCACUCUUCUGAAUAAUUCUGAUUUAUACUUUCAGCAACUUUCCUGGACUUGCCCAAUAUAAAAAGCAGAUAGUCCAAACCACAGUUGUGCCUCCUUGAAACAAGCCAUUCUACUGUGCUAAGGUUUUACUAUCACAUCUCACAAAUAACUGGGGCUAAUGUUCUUCUCUAGUGGUCUAAGCAGGUGCUGGUGUUUCAUCUCCAUUUGAAUGCUUGACCUCCAAACAUGAGUGUGUGUGUGUGUGUGUGUGUGUGUGUGUGUGUGUGUGUGUGUGUGUGUGUGUGUGUGUGUGUGUGUGUGAGAGAGAGAGAGAGAGAGAGAGAGAGAGAGAGAGAGAGAGAGAGAGAGAGAGAGAUAAUGGGAUAUAAAAAAAUAGUAUUUUACAAAAGGUGUAGCUUUUAUAAGAGUUCGGAAAAGGGAAGGAUGUGGUUUUUUUUCUCUCAGUAUAGUGUAAGAAUCUAUUUUGGAGAAAAGAAAAUAUAAGGGUCAUGAAGCAUGGUUUUUAUAAUUAGUUUCAGUUUUAUCUAAUAACUUACUUUUUAAAUCAAUAUUUAUCAACAAUCUUUUCAUGUAUGCAGUGCUUUCAAAAAAAGUUUUGAGUUUCCAGGGAAACGCAUAACUUGGAUAUAUGAUCUAAAAAAUCAAAACAAAAGAAAAGCAAAAAAAAAAAAAAGAAAAAAAUGCAAACAAGAAGAGGAUUUUCUAUUAUAUUUUAGACAAACAUAUCAUUUUUAAGUAUUUUAAAUACUGAAUUCAGUUGUUUUGUUUUGUUUUGAAUCCCAGCUGUAAUAGCUGAAUGGUUUAACCUAACUGGCUUCCUAAGAAGUUUAAGAUUUAGCUAAAAAAGCAGUUAAUUCUUGUCUCUAUUUUGAAAUCAAAAAUGAUUUUUUCUAAACUCCUUCCUAGGACCAUUUAUGUGUCCCCCUAAAAAGGAGAAAGAGCUCAUUGAAAUAUUUGUUCGGGUUUUUUAAUUUUUAAAUUUUUUUAAAAUUUUUGUUUUGCUUUAAGUGAAAAAUAUUUUCUUUCUUUACUGCAUGCAUAGCACUUAAUGAAAUGGAUUUUUUAAAAAUCCACUGGUGAUAUCAGAAUGUCCAAGGAGUGGGCUGUUACUAAAAUUAUGGUUUACUUUACUUCUGUUCCACCUCUUAAUUGAAAUAUUUAGUUGUUAAACCGAAAGCCUCUGCAGUUAAGAACUUGCCUGAGUUUUAAUUCAGCAGCUUGACGGUUUGACUGAUGUGCAUUAUAUAUAGCUCAAUUAUGUCUGUUUUUUAUUCUAAGAAGGCAAACCACCACACACAGGUUAGCAAACGGGCCUCAACGUAUAAUUAGAAUAAACUGUCUUCUUAUUAUACUCAGGGCCUUUAGGUAUGUUCAUUAGCAGUGUGGAAAUACAGUGAAUGGAGGAUGCCAGCAAGUUGUCAGAGCUUCUUGAAAUCCUGAACAGAAAGGCUCAUUGGUCAAAUCCAACACUCGACUUAUCAAUAUUAAAGGCCUAGCUUUCACCAGACCGUAGAAUAAUCUGUCUGCCUGAAAAUCUCUCCAUCUUGUCCCACACUUUUUGCCAAACUGGGGAAACAUUCUGCCCCGUUCUCCUCUCCCACCCAGCUACUGGGUCAUCCAUCCAUACGGUCACAGAUCAGUUGCUCUGACCUUCAGAGCACCCAUCCUGAGGAGGGAGGGCCCUCAGCGCAGCACUGCCUCUCCUCCUUCACAGGUGGGUUUUUAUCAGCAGGAUCUGCUUCUAAAGUCACUGCCAACCUGCCUGGAAACUUCCGCAGCGCCUCCCCUGCCUCCUGUGACAGGAAUUAGCAGCCAGGAUAGGGACACCUGAUAGCGUUUCUACCAGGUCAGUCCUUACCUACACUGAGGCAUUCCCAUCGUCAUUGUUUCUCCUUAAGACAUUUCUGAACAUAUGCCAGGACAGGUAGAGUGAAAAUCCUCCCUGUUGCACGGACUCGUUUUAACGCCUGGCGUGAGGUCGGAUGUUUUCCCUUUACCCUUCCCCUCAGCCCUCUCCUAUCUCCACAUCAGUGUUUGCCAGUCACAGUCUUAACACGGCCCAUGGGGACGAGCAAUUUGUGUACUGUCACUGCAUGCCUUCUUAUCAUUAGGGUGACUUACUUGGAGCAGUUGCUCUUUGGAGCCUGUCAGGUCCAAGAAAUCAAAUGCCGUGCAUGUUCCGAAUAGAGGGGCAUCCGUGGUGAAUGUGCAGGUGGCUGUGGUCUGUUAGUUCAGAAAAUUGUCGUGUGUUAGUUGAGCUUGUCAUUAAAAUCAACCAGCUGCCAUAAAAGACCAGCCUUUGGCUGGGGGUUUUUAAGCAUCUGUAACUGCUAUAAACCUAGCCGUCCAGUUAGGAUAGAAUGUGCUUCUUUCUGGUUAAUAAAAAAAAUCUAAGAAAAUAUGUAUGUAUGUAUGUGUGUAUACAGUGGAAUUCAAGGACCAAAGCAAAAUUUGA